AACACUAGUUGGCCAUUAUUCUGGAAAAGUAAUAGAUCUAAUUAUCAAAUCAUUGUAUUGCAAACAAUGCGAAUAUUGGAUUAACAAAAUGGACACAAAUGAAUAACGCAUGGAAAGAAUCACAUAUAAACGAAUGUUCCAUCAAUCACAAAGGAAGUGCGGAAAAAAUGGAGAGAGACGGAGCAGUACAAAUGUUCGCGAGAUCCGAAGAUUUACAUGGCGUGAAAUAUUUAUCUUAUAAUGGUGACAGUAAUAGUAAGACAUUCAAAAGCAUCGUUGAAUCGCAAUCUUAUGGUGAACAUAUUAUUACAAAAAAAGAAUACGUUGGUUAUCUUCAGAAACGGAUAGGUGCGCGACUUUGUAAAAUAAAAAAAGAUACAAAAGGACUUGGCGAAAAAGGAAAGCUCACAGCAAAUCUAAUCGACGAACUCAGUGUAUACUAUGGAUUGGCUAUUAUGAGAAAUAAAGAUUCCGUAAAUGAUAUGAAGAAAGCAAUCUGUGCUACUUUGCAACAUAAGUCUUCCACUGACGAAAAUCCGCAACACGAUAAUUGUCCGUCUGGACAGUUGAUUAAUAUACGUGGCAGAAAGCAAAGGCUAAUAAUAAAAAAUAAACUUGACGAAUAUACACAUAAAGAAGCAUUGCCUGAUUAUUGUUAUUAAGGUUGUUAUUCCUGCAUAUGAAGAAUUGAGGAUAAUUUAUUAUACCGCUGUUUGGGAGGC